AUGAAUCCAUCUGAUGAUGCUGUUGUGGAUGAUAAAGCACCUUUAUGGAUUUAUGUGAACAAGAUUGAAAAGAUAGCAGAAGGGAGAUCAUGGAGGUUUGAAUACAAAUUCUGCAGUAAUACAUAUGUUGGGUCUUAUACUAGAGUUGUGACUCAUCUUUUGCAAGAAGGAAUUAAGGGAAUCAAAGAAUGCUUGAAAGUUACUCCACAACAAAAAAUUAACAUGAAAAAAUUGGUUAAUGAUUGCAAGGAGAGGAUAAAACGUGCAGCUUCUACACCAGUUCCAUUACCUUCAUCAUCAAGAAAGGCAUCUGCUUCUUCUCUUAACUAUGACAUGACCUACAAAUUUCCUGAUACAAGAUAUGUUCCUCCUGGUUAUAAUGCUUUGAGGACUACACUUAUCCAAAAAGAAAGAAAGAACAUUGAAGUGCAUUUGCAGCCUUUGAUGGAUUCAUGGAAACAGAAGGGAGUUAUCAUAUGUACUGAAGGCUGGUCAGACCCUCAUCGAAGACCUAUCUUAAAUUUGAUUGCUGCGAAUGAGAGUGGUCCAAUGAUGUUAAGAGCAGUCAACACUCAAGGUGAAGCAAAAACUGCUAAGUUUCCUACUAUCUUCUGGACACCAUGUGUGGUUCAUACUUUGAAUCUUGCUCUCAAAAACAUAUGUGCACCUGUUUAUAAUACAAGAAGCAAUGAAGAAGUGUAUUAUGCUUGUUAUUGGAUAAAGUCUAUAAGUGAGGAUGCCACUUGGAUCAAGAACUUUAUUAUGAACUAUGGAAUGAGGCUUGUCAUGUUCACAGAGCAUUAUGAUCUUAAGCUCCUUACAAUUGCUUCGACAAGUCCUAAAUGGGAUGAUUAUAAAGAUGAUGGUGUAGAAAGAGCAUCAGCAAUAAAGAAAAAGAUAUUAGAUGAGAUGUUCUGGGAUGAGAUUGAUUAUGCUUUAUCUUUCACUUUGCCGAUAUAUAAUGUGAUUAGAGAAGCUGAUACUGAUAAGCUUUCACUUCAUCUGGUUUAUGAGUGGUGGGAAAGCAUGAUACAGACUGUGAAAAAGGUUAUCUUUAGAAAGGAAAGGAAAGAACUUGAAGAUGACUCGGUUUUUUGGAAUGAUGUGCAGUCUAUUUUGACCUCUCGUUGGAGUAAGAGUAACACUCCUCUCCAUUGUAUGGCACAUUCUCUAAAUCCCAAAUAUUAUAGCUCAGAGUGGCUUGGAGAAGAGAAUAGUAGAAAAGGUCCACAUCAAGAUUUGGAGAUUACUAGAGAAAGAUAA